AUGAAUGGAAAAAGUCCACAUUUUCUUGUUAGUCGACUGUUAGAAGAUACUAAAAUAUUUGAUAAUGGAACAUCAUCAUCUAAAAACCAAUUUAAUAAUAGUUUGGAUGAUGUUGACAAUAAUACUGAUGAUGAACGGACAAACAUGGAUGAAUUAGUUCAUCAAAAUACUUAUAAAGUACUAUCCAAAUCUGAUGAUGAUCAAUUCAAUACUUCUGAUCAAUCCAUAAAUCUCUCUAAACAAUUCUUAUAUUCAAAUCAAUAUCAAUCAGAGAACUAUCAUCAUAAACAAACAUUAAUACCUGAAAUACAUAAUUUUCAUGAACAUCAUAAAUCUGAUAUGACUAAUCAAAUCUUAUUAGAUUCAUUACAUAUGCUCUGGUCAAAUCAAUGUUCUGUAUUGAAUUCAUCAGAGUUAAUAAAACUUUUUAAACAAUAUAUAGAAUCAUAUCGUCAUAAUGUAUCAAGUACUAAAUCAUUAUCAAUACCAACAUCCAUAACUACUAACCCUAGUAAUACAUCAACUGUUAACAAUAAUUUCAUUAAAACUAAUGAAGGAUUAAUAAGGAAUCAUAAUUCAACCAAUACUUGUCAUUUAUAUGAACAUAAUCCAUCAUUUCUUCAAACAAUUCCUUCAAAUAUAAUCAAUUCUAAUUCUAACAAAGAAAUAAACGAUUCCUUGGAUACAUUUACUUCAAAUUUAAUAAGUAAUAAUAUGAAUAACAAUAUUAAAUCACAUUCUUACAAUCAACACCAUUUAAUUCAUAAUGGAGUUGAGGAAAAAACAUUAAACAAUAGAAGUGAAACAAUGAAUACGGUUGUUCAACAGUCUAACCGUGAUACUAGUGAUACUACUACUGCUGCUACUAUUAAUACUAAUACUACUACUAAUAAUAAUAAUGAUAACAAUAAUGAUAAUGAUGAUGACAGAAUGUCACCAAACCUUCAUACAGUGACAAGACGUAGAAAACGUCGUAUUUUAUUUAGUAAAUUACAAACUGCUAAACUUGAAGAGUGUUUCAAUGAACAAAGAUAUUUAACAGCUUCUGAAAGAGAGCAUUUAGCUAGAAUAUUGAAUUUAACACCGACACAAGUUAAAAUUUGGUUUCAAAAUCAUCGUUAUAAAAUGAAACGUGCAACGCAAACUGAUGAAAUUUCUCCAAAUACAUUCAUAAAAAGAUCAAAUAAAAUCACUCCUUUAACAGACUUGAAUUCAUCAUCUUCUUGGAAUUCACAAUAUUUAACAAAUCAUACAAAAUGUCAAUCAUUAACACAACAAGAAAGAAACUCUUUAUUGAAUGAAAUAUAUAGUCCAAAUGAAUUGAAUAAAUUAUCAAAUCAUGAUUACAUUCAUCAAUCAAAAAAUAAUCACUAUGAUCACUUUAAAGAAACAAAUGAAAAUGAUAAACAACGGUAUAACUCAGAACAUUUAACUCAAUCAAUGAAUUACAUGGAUACAGUUGAAAAAUCAUGGUUAACAAAUUGGAUUAAAAUGAUUUCUAAUUCAUAUACAAAUGGUACUAUGAGUAUACAAGAUACACAUCAUUAUCAUAAGUCAAAAAAGUUACGAAAUCAUUAUGAUAUUUCUACAAAAAUAAUGAAUCAUUUGAUUGAUCAAUGUAAUGAAGAAGGAAGAGUAAAUCAAUCCACCAAUAUAACAUCCAUAGAUGAACGAUACAAAACAGAACAAUUCAAAUCAUUGAAAAUUUCAAAUGCUACAACAACAUCUCAAAAAUUAUUCCAAAUAUGUCAACCGGUUUUAGAAAUAGAUCAGUAG